AUGGACGACACUUUGAAUUCAAAUGUUAAGGACCGCCUGUCACCAGACAAAAAACAGACAAAGGCUGACAUAUCUCAGCUUGCUGGAUUUUUAAAGGUAUAUGUAAAGGCUGACAGUGAGAGGUCGGUAGGGGUGAUUGAAGGCAAUGACACCGAGGAUGAUUUUGACUACAGCCUAGAUCUUAUGGGAGAGCACAGUCUCGAUGCAGGUGAUAACAAGAAGGAACCUUCAACCUUUGAGGCUGGUCAGUCAACUUAUAGAACUAGGACACCAGUAAAACAAACAAAUACUGACGUAUCUCGCAAUACUAUCCCAUGUGUUUCAGUGUCACAAGAGGAUACCAACUUGUCCCACUAUUUCACUCCCGAGAUCGACUUCGCGCUGGGUACGACACCAGACAAUGGGGAGUAUGAUAUUUUCAUGAACAGUAGGCGUGGCUACACAUAUAUCAACAGCAGCAGACACAGGGGUAUCAAGAGAAGAAUCACUUAUGAUGAGGACCAACAAGAUCCCCUCCCUUGCAAAAGGCUGAGGACGUGUUGAUACAGCAAUAUGUCUUGUAACACAUGGUUAUAUUGAUAACGGGUGUGGCCGUAUUGACCAAGACAUGGUCACCGUAAAAGACUUUGCGGAUUGUAUCAAUUGUUAGAUGCACGUGUAGUACAUGUGUAUGAUGUUGCCCAAGUCGUCACACCAUACAAUGGUCGUCAAUCGUGGUGUGUCUGUCUUAGUAGUUGUUGUGUAUGUCCGAUAUAUCUGUUGGUCCGUUUGUCUGUUCGUGUUG